AAAUAAAUAAUUGAUAAUUUAGUGAAUUCAGUGCAGGGCGCAGUCGAGUGGAAAUAAACUCCUUGUACCACCCUCAUUGUCUAAUGGACAAAAAUUCAAAGCAUUAGCACAGACGCCACAUAAUUUCUCUGGUUAGUUUAUCCUCCCCAAAGAAAGAAGAAGCUCCAGUCCCAGCGGAAAGAGGAACAGAAAACACCAAAGACAUGGCGCCAAAGAGGAGCAAAGGCAAAUCCAAGGGGACAACUGUCAUUGAUGGUGUGGAUACCAGCUCGAUGACCAGGGAACAACUUGAGGCAUUUGCCCAUCGUCUCCGCAAUGAAAUGGAGCGGGAACGCGAGGAAAGAAACUUCUUUCAGCUGGAGCGUGACAAAUUGCGCACCUUCUGGGAGAUUACGCGCAAUCAAUUAGAGGAGGCCCGGGCUAUCAUUAGGAACAAGGACCGUGAGGUAGAGGAGGCCCAGGAAAUGGCUGAAAUUGACAUAAAACAUGUGACUCAGCAGAUAAAGCAUCUCCAGUAUGAGCAUCAGACUCGGCUGGGAGAGAUGAAAGCAGAGUACAUGACGCAGCUGAAGAUGGCCCAAGAAGAUCAUGGGAAGCAGGAGCAGGAACUCCUCAAGGACAAACGAGAACUUCGGAGAUUACUUCGUGAAAAGGAAGAGAGCACUGAGCUUCAGAUCCAACAACUAAAACUGAGUCAUAGUGAGUCUUUGAGUGAAGAAAGAAGCCGAUAUGAAAGGGAACUCAAGGAGCUACUGGUUCAUCAGGAAGCUAAGAUGGAUCGCUUUAUCCAGGAAUGCACAGUCAAGAACAGAAUGGAAGUAGCCGAAGUGGAGGAGCGGAAGAACAGCCAAAUCGCCAGGUUGAUUGAAGCUCAUGACAAGGCGCAUCAAGAGCUGAAGAUGUACUACAAUGACAUUACCCUCAACAACCUGGCACUGAUUGGAAGCCUGAAGGAACAGAUGGAGGACCUAAGGCAGCAAUCAGAGCGCAAUGAGCGAACAGUAGCUGAAGUCACUGCAGAAAAUAGGCGAUUGAUUGAACCACUUCAGGAGGCAAAGGCCGAACUAGCUGAUCUUCGGAAGAAGCUUGAGAACUACGAUCGAGACCGUAGUGCAUUGGCUCGUUCCAAGACUCGCUGCAAGACUGCUGAAAAGCGACUAAAUGACCAUAAAUGGGAAACUGAAGAGCUCAAGAUGCGCCUGGAAGCUGUUACAGAGGAACGCGAUUGCUUACGUGGGAAGUUCGAGGAAGCUGUCCUAGAACUGCAACAGAAAGCAGGACUAAAAAAUGUUCUUCUAGAAAGAAAAAUCAGCAUGAUGGAACAGGAGACAGAGAAACGCGAAGCUGUCCUUGGGGAAGUUCUGUCUGUUGCAGGAAUGGAACCCCAAGCCCUUAGCAUUCGGGUAGAAAAGCUCAUUCAAAUAAAAACUGACAAAAUUCAAGAUCUUCAGUUUGAAGUUAUCAAAAUUGCUAAAAAAUACAACGAACUCCUUAAGUAUUUUCACCAAAAGAUGGACUCGCUUGGGAUUGGACUUUCUGGAGAAGAAAUGGAAUUCCAACCAAUCAAAGUUCCUGAUUACAAACUUGCAACUCAUUCCUCUCUGAAAUAUUUGUAAUUAAAAUCAAUUUUGUAUGGAUCUUCAUAUUAGUUCGAGAAAAUCAAGAGUGGUUUUGGAUUUAUCUGAGAAAUUUUUACAAUAAAAAUUGGACAUUGAAUGCG